UAGCCGCCGCCCCAGUUGAUCUCGCUGGCAAUCACCGUCUCUAUACAUAUGAUUGAAUGUGUGUUUGUGUGUGUAUGUGUGUGAAAAAGUGGAAUUAUUAUUGGUGACAAAGUGUGCAAAAGUGUCAUAUAGGAAGAAGAAGAAGCACUUUCUAAUAAUCAUAUUGUUUAUCGCUGCCCUACAAACUCUGCAAACAUUAAUCCCUACAUACUGCAGCGCAUAUUGAUGGCACCCGUUAGCAGUGCCAGCAACGCCGCCUCCGGCUCUCCGACCACCUCCUCGCUGCAAGAUUUAAGCGCCGCUGCGGCUGCUAUUGCUCUGGAUAUGAAGCCUAAGGUCGAGCUGGCUGCAGUGCCCACUCAGAAGAUCAAAAAAUUGGUGCGUCGCAAUGCCUCCGACAAGCUAAAGCUCAUACAAAUGGUCCACGACAAUCCCAUAUUGUGGGACUCGCGUCUGCCAAACUUUAAGGGCGCCGAGGAGGAGAAGAAUCGUGCCUGGGAACACAUUGGACGCGAGUUUAAUGCGCCCGGACGUCGAGUGGCGCGUGCCUUCAAAUCCUUACGCGAAUCCUAUCGUCGUGAAUUGGCCCACGUCAAGAUCAUGGGCAAUGGCUUUAAGCCCAAAUGGAGUCUGUACGAAGCAAUGGAUUUUCUACGCGACGUCAUCAGGGAAAGAAAAGGCGGCUCACAUGCCAGUGACUCGUUGACCACGGGCCUUACUCUCAGCGCUUUUGCUCAACACUUACACCACAACAACAACAAUAAUAAUCUUGGCGCGGGCGCCAACAAAUCCGCUCUUAAACUGGCGGCUUCUUCCUACUACGAUACAUCAGCUGCUGCGCUCAAUCUCUCGAAAGGCUCGCCACUCAAUAUUGGCCACGACGAUUUCUAUUACCAUGUGAAGCGGGAGCUGGAUCUGUCCACUGGAGGUGGUGUUGGCGGUGGUGUUGGUGGGGACGGUGGUGCUGGAAGCAGUAGCGGCAGCAGCACUGGCCCUCUACCACAGCCAAUGCCUGCACAUCAAGCGCAUCAGGCCCACAAUGAUAGUCGCGUCUCGUCCACCCGCAACGACAGCAGCGCCGCCCAUCAGACCAGUUUCGAUGACAUGGAUGACAAUUCGUUGCGCAGUGGCGACGAAGAUGGCGCCGUCGGUGGCAAUGCCUCCGAUGAGGUCGAGGAGCUGGAGGCCAUCGAUGCCGAUUUUCCCUAUCCGCUCAUUUUGGACUCAAAUUCGCCGCGCAGCUUAUGCAAUGGCAGCAUGAAUGGCGGUGGAGUUGCCGGUGGCGAUGCAUCCGGACGCAAACGUCGCCGCAAGGCGGGCGACGAUGAUGAGCAACCGGAGGUCGGCGAUGAUGCCGAUGACUAUGAGGAUCAAAUGCUGCAGCAGCAUCGCCAUUUGCGUCAGCAACAGAAUGGAGCCGCUGGCGGUGGCGGUGGACUUGACUUGCCACCACCGCAAACGGUGCGUGAGGUGCUCAACUCCAAAUUCUGUGGCUUCAUAUCGGCAAAGCUGAAUAGCAUGGAGGAUUCGGAGGCGGACAAUCUGAUGAAUCGCAUACUCUUGCUACUCGUACAAAUGCAGCAGGCUGAAGCUGCUAAAUAGCUAUCAGGCCUAGCAUUAUUAUAUAUUUUUAGAAAUAUCAAUCGAUAUAGUAGCUGCUGGGUGGUCUCAACGGGUCCUGGUUAGUUUAAAUAGCAAAAAGCUCACUAUAUACACACACACAUUGAUGUAGCGGCUCAAAGCAAAAUGCUAAACAAAAUAAUGAAACAUUAUUUCCUUGCCAUUUUCUUUUUUUUAACACUUUAUUCUUGCCAUACACAUUUUCUUCAAUGCCAAAUUUGUGCCAUACCAAAAAAAAAAAGAAUGAAAAAUAUUUCAACUAUUGCCACAACAGCUAGCAAUGUAGAACCAAAUGUAGCGCUCCAAAGUUCAAAGAUAUACAAAAAAAAAAAAAACCAUUACACAUACUACACAAAGUUCUGUAAAGCUAUUCCAAAACUUAGUUGCCAAAAAGAAAAAAGAACAAAAAGACAUAAAGGAUGUUAGCAAUAAAUGAGAUUUAGUCUAUUAUUAAACGUUUAUCUAGUUGUAAACUCAACCUGAAGGAAAAAUACAAGGUUAAACUAAAUAUAUAAGUAAUGCAUUAUUACAUACAAACGAGAAUAUACUCCAUUAUAAUGAAGCUCGAAAAUCGCAAGUAAAUUCGAAAUUUUCACCCAUUAAUAUACAAGAACUGCAUUCUAUAUUUUGUUAAGAUUUUCGAAACGUCUCAUCACAUAAACAAUAACUCGUAGUCGUAGACAUUU